UCAAAUACAUAUACAUUGAAUGAAAACUGUUUUAUUAAUACAUUUCAUAUGAAUUUCAUAUUGUUUUGAAAAACAAUUGAUUCAAUCAAUCAAUCAGUUAGUUGUGUUCAUAUGUAUGACAGCAACUGCUUUGUGGACUAACUGUUAGCAUCACUACCGUCAUCAUCACAACCACCACCAACAACAACAACAAUGUCUGCAUCAAUGGAUCAACUGUUAAAACGGCGACAAUUGUUGACCCAAUCGCGUCAAUCGUUUUGGUGGGCAAUAAUCAAUGGCACGUUUGCGGCAAUUGUGGCCAUCGACUAUAAAUAUCAUAUCGUUGGCCAAAUGUUGUUGGCACCAGAUCUAGUGAUGUUCAACUCGUUGAUCCAAUUGAUCGAUAUAUUCUUAAUGAUCAUAUUAAUGGUGAAUACUGUAUACGAAAUCUAUGUCUGUAUUUGGCGCAAGUAUUUGAUGAAAGAACUGGAGUUUAGUCCAUCGCAGUUACGGGCGUUUGCCAUUAGAUCCGAUGAAAUCGGUUUCAAACCUAUUAAGCCGGUGGAUGACAACAAUCAGAAAACAACAAAAGCCACUGCCAAUAAUAAUAAUACUACCAUCGAUGACAGUAUCGCUAAACCAAUCUUCGAGAUGAGCGCCUUAUCCGAUAUAUCACUGGACAGACAUUCGUCGCUAAAUUCAAUUCAAUUGUCCGACUCAUUGAAUUGUACACAAUUUGAUUCGUCAGUCGAUGUCAGCUCCAAGUCGUGGCAAUGGAUGCGUCCGUCAUCGCGAUCAUCGACGAUGUCUAGCAGUCAACUGCUGUCGCCGCGCCAGUCGUUGAUCAACAAUGAGAAGCGAUUGUCAACGUAUUUGACUGAAUUUGAACAACAAGAACGACGAUUGGACGAACUGGCCGAGUGUCUGGCGUCGUCUAAAAACAAUAACAAUGGUUCACAACAACAAUCGUACAACUGGUCACUGGUCGGCGACGAUAAUAGCGGAUCAUCUGUCUAUCAACUGGCCGUAGCAUCGCCUUUGCAUCUAAACGAUGACCACUUGGAAGACAAUGAUCAGUCAGGAAGCGCUUCCAAGCUUAUGGAUUCAAUUUUAAUCAAAUUUAAAAUCGAUGAAACAAUUAUGAAUCAAUGGAUUGAAAAUCUUCGCAAAUGGAUUAGUUUGACAAUACUUAGCCGAGUUGUCCAACAAAUUGAUAAAUUAAAUGACUUGUUAGCCAAAAAUGGACACUCGGAUACUGUUAUUGGACAGUCAAAUAUUCAGGUUCUUAAACGGAUAAUUAGUUUAAAGAAUUCAAAACUUUAUUCAUUGGAAACAUUUCUACCAUUUCUUGAGUUGAAUACUAAUCAACAAUAUUUGGUUCAACGAAUUAAAGAGUUAUCUCGAGGCGGAUCUAUUAACCAAUUCAAGUGGAACUCUGGCGGCUAUUUUAAUCUUAAGCUAUGGAAUGAUGAAUUGGUUACCGAUUCAGCGAUAAUAAUGCAUUUAUUUUGCACUUAUAUGGAUAUGAGACUACCAUCGAAUCCUAACUGUCCCGAUGGUAAAACAUUUACUAAUGUCUAUUUCAAGUCAUUAAAUGGAAAUGCACCCAACAGUCCUAUCUAUAUUGUUGAAUGCAAAUCAAAACCACCGCAUUAUAAGCUGUUUACUAAAAAUGAUGAUCUGUGGGAACUACCUGUCGGACGAAACAAUUUAUUUCAUAGUAUUAUAUCAUUUAUUUAUAGCAUCAAAACACAACAUUUUGGACAUUUAGGACGCGUCAAUUUGGGCUCAUCGGGUAUCAACAUCUUAUGGGUUAUUGACCAAUAA